GGCAGAGAGAGAGAGAGAGAGAGAGAGAAAGCCAGAGCCUGAGCCAGAGAGACGAGAAAGAUAAAGGAAAAGACAGACGGAACGAUAGACUUGUGCGUAAAAAAGUACUGGUGCCCCCUUUCUUCUUCUCCUUCUUUUUCUUUCUCAAAUUCCCAUCUGACUAAAAAAAGAGAGAGAAAAAAAUAAACCCACAAAAAAAAAAAAAAACCCGGCUGCUUGGAUGAGCCAAAAGCUAUCGAUCUGUCAGUACUACACCUGGAUUCAGUGACCAGCCGCGCAGCAGGCAUGUCCCGAAGGAAGCAGAGCAACCCCCGGCAGAUCAAACGUCCUCUCGAGGAUGGCCUGGAGGAAGAGGAGGAGGAGUGCGUCUCCGAGGAGAACGAGCUCCUGGCCAAAGACGAGUUCACGGUGGAGGAGAACUUCACCGCCGAGUUUGAGACGGAGAACAUGGCCUGUGAAGACAUGGAGUACUUCUGCAACAAAGGAGAGGAAGACGGCAACCGAGAUGCAGGGGAGUCGGAGAUGGACGGGCAGGGUGAGAAGAGCCGACACGCGGCUUUGGGACCGGAGGAAUGGGACGGUCCAAGAGAGCUGGAUGCGUUCCUUAAAGAUGGCGAGCGUCGGAUCCACAGUCGGCAGCAGCUCCCUGUAGGGACAACUUGGGGUCCCUUUGAAGGGAAGAUCGAGAUGAGCACCGACAACACAACACUGAAGACGAAGAGCACGGUCCCGGUUGUGCUGAGCGCCGGCCCCAGGUGGCUGCUGGAUGUGACUUGGCAGGGAGCGGAAGACAACAAAAACAACUGUGUGGUGUACAGCAAAGGUGGCCAACUGUGGUGCACCACCACCAAGAACAUGAUGGAGGGCGAGGAGCUGGUGGCGUUCGCCGUGGACUUUGACUCGCGUCUGCAGGCGGUGAACCACAUGUCUCUGAGUGAGGGCAUGUACCCAGCCAGGCUGCUGGACAGCAUCCAGCUCCUGCCGCAGCAGGCCGCCAUGGCUUCCAUCCUGCCCACCGCCAUCGUCAACAAGGACAUCUUCCCCUGCAAGGCGUGUGGAAUCUGGUUUCGGAGCGAGCGAAACCUGCAGGCCCAUCUCAUGUACUACUGCAGCGGGCGGCAGAGGGAGCCGGAGACGGUCGUGGAGGAGAAUGACAACGGACCCCACCAGACCCCCAGCAUCUGCCCGUUCCCACAGUGCAACAAGAGCUUCUCUGGAGCCAGGGCCUUGGAAAUGCACUUGAGCACCUCACACAGUGGUGUCAAAAUGGAAGAGAGCCUCCCUCCUGGCACCAGCUUGAAAUGCACAAUCUGUAACUACACGGCAGAUUCUCUUAUUACAUUCCAGCAUCACAUCAUGUCUCACCUGUCACAGGCGGCCUUCAGAUGCAAUCACUGCCAUAUCAGCUUCCAGAGCCACAGGGAACUCUUACAGCAUCAGGACUUACAUGGGCACGGCAGCAAACUUCACAGGGAAGGCGACGGCACCGAGCACUCCCCCAGGGGGCCCGAGGAAAGCCUCCAGCAGCAGCAGCAGCAGCAGCAGCAGCAGCAGGCCCGCGCUGAGCUGGCCAACAGGAAGGAUGCUCUGCUGGGGAGUCCCAAAGGGAGCCUCAACAAGGAGACCAGCACAGACGGAGAGCCCGACAAAGCCGAGAAGAAGCCCAUGCUUUCCGUUCAGAAGGGAGAAGCCCACCCAGGCAGCAAAGCCAGUUUUUCAUACACUAGGAUCAAAUCUGAGCCCUCCAGCCCCCGACUGGCCUCCUCCCCUGUGCAGCAUAACAUGCCUACGUUUCCCAUGGGCCCCUUCUUGUCUCAGUUUGCUUUCUCCCAGGACAUUUCAGUGGUCCCACAGGCCUCGGAGAUUCUGGCUAAAAUGUCGGAGCUCGUUCACCGGAGGCUGCGCCACGGAGGGAACAGCUACCCCCCUGUCAUCUACAGUCCGCUCAUGCCCAAAGGGGCCACCUGUUUUGAAUGCAAUAUCACCUUCAGCAACCUGGACAACUAUUUGGUCCACAAAAAGCACUAUUGUAACAGCCGCUGGCAACACAUGGCAAAGUCCCCCGACUUCUCCGCUCUCUCAGAUAAAGUCCCCGAGGCGGUGAGCCCCAACAGUGGUCACAGUUCUGUUAGCAUGUUGGCCGGCUGCCACCCGACGGAGGCCGACAGCCACCUCAUGCAGUCCGCCUGCCUGAACUCCAACGUGUUGGACAUAAUCAAUGCCGGGGCCAAGGGGCCUGAUAAGGAUCUGGCAGGACAGGUGAAGAAGGUCUCUACCCCGACUGGAGCGGAGGAGAGGCUCAACGGCAAGCAGCUGGACGGGAAGAGUCCCAGUACGGGCUUGGUCGAGAGCGACAACGAUCCGACCAAGACGACCUGCGAGGCCUGCAACAUCACCUUCAGCCGCCACGAGACCUACAUGGUCCACAAACAGUACUACUGCGCCACCCGUCACGAUCCCCCGAUGAAGCGCAUGAGCGCCAAUAAGGUGCCCUCCAUGCAGAGAACCAUGCGGACCCGCAAGCGCAGGAAGAUGUAUGAGAUGUGUCUCCCCGAUCAGGACCACCAGAGGCCCCCCAUGGGUCAGCCGGGUUUUCUCGGGGUUCCUCCCAUGAACCCUUGCACGUCACAAGAAGCUGUAGAGAGCCUCGCAGACCGCUUUCACCCCCGCUGCGACAUCUUUCCAGGUAUGGUACCCAAACACCUGGAGGCGUCUCUGACUGUCACGAAACCUAUUCUGGCUCCCAAAUGCAAUACUGUGGAGCCGCAGGAGCUCGAUGCCCCCAUCGAUCUCAGCAAAAAGUGUUCACCAGACAAGACAUGUAGCUCUCCUAAAAGACUUUUGGACUAUCAUGAAUGUGCAGUGUGCAAGAUAAGUUUUAACAAAGUGGAGAACUACCUGGCGCACAAACAGAACUUUUGCCCCGCAACAGCCGCCGCCGCCGCCGCUGCUGCCGCCGCCGCCGCUGCCGCCACUCAACAGCAACAGCAACAACCACAACCGCAGCAGCAGCAGCAGCAGAGUGAGGGUGGCAAUCCGGAGUCGACCAUGUUCCCGGAUGUGAAGAGCGAAGGCAAUAAUAACCCAGAUGACGUGUACGACAAGAGCCCGGGCAAAAGCGAGAAGAACGGCAACGGAAAGGUGAUGGUGCAGAAUGGAGGCAUGUUCCCCCCUCACCUGGGGCCGGUGCCGGGACUCAAGCCUUUUGCGGAGCCCCAGCUCAUCCCAUCAAAAGACGAGAACAAGAACAUGUUUCUGCCCCACUGCCUUUAUCCCGGAGCAAUAAAGAAAGUGAAAGGUCCCGAGCAAAUAUCGCCAUAUUUUGGGAUAAAGCCAACAGAUUAUGUGACUGGAGGACCGGCGAUGCAGGGAGAGGCCGGCGAACAGGAACAGAGCAUUAAUGGGGGAGGUGGAGGAGGAGGAGGCAGUAAUGGAGGAGCAGAGACGGGAACAACCAGGGAGCAGGCCCCACAGCCUGCCGCUAAUGGCUGCCCCCACCCUGGCAAAGAACCCCUUCCCCUCCUGCCCAAAAACCGGGGCAUGGUUAUCGUCAACGGUGGGCACAAACCCGAGGAGCGUUCAGGCACGGCCCCGCCACAGCAGGAGAACCAGCCCCAGUCAGACAGCCAAGCCCCUAAUCCUUCUCCGACGUGGGCCGCCGACAACCAGGCCGACUCCAACGAGAACAUGUCGCCUUCCUCCAAGUCCCCGAACGAGGAGGCGGCCCCCACGGCCAAUAAAGGCGUGAACGGCUCUGGAAGCGGCAAAUACUGCCGCCUCUGUGAUAUCCAGUUCAACAACCUGUCAAACUUUAUUACCCAUAAGAAGUUUUACUGUUCAUCACAUGCUGCGGAGCAUGUAAAAUAAGUAGAGAAGAACAAGACACGCUCUUCUUCUCUUCCCCAGUUCUCCCCACUCCCCCCCCCCCCAAAAAGACUUUUUCUCCUUUUUUCUCCUUUGUUUUGGUACACUGUUGUGUCUGGAAUAGUGCAUCAUGCAGUGCUAAACGCUGCUUGUGGACAAUCAAGAGAAGCUUCUUCUUUCAUCGUUUUAAGACUUAAAGAUGCAAAACCAUUGGUUAAAAAAAAAAAAGAAAAGAAAAAGGAAACAAGAAUAAUAUUGGUGCCACUUUCACAUUAAUUUAUUUUACAAUCAGUAUUAAUAGGAGUAGUGAUCUUAAUUUAAAUUCAAAAUGAAAUUUAUAUCAGAGUUGUUUGUAAUGUUAUUGUAUAGUCAUUCUUGUGUAGCACACAUAUUGUUUACACUGUAAUGUAGGCUCAAUGAAACAAUAGACAAUACAAAAAUGAGAUGCAUUUUAGACACAAAAAUAGCUACUGAGGCACUUGUGUAUUCUUAUUUGCUGUACCAGUUUCUGUAUAUGCGCAAAAUGUCACCUGCAGAUUGCUACUAAUGACUUGUGAGCCUUAAAAAAAUAAAAAAUAAAAAAAAAAAAUGUAAAAAAAAAAAAAAUCAAAUCACCAUUUCGGGGUGAUCUCGGGCACAACCCUGCAGCUCACAUUUUGGCAUAUACACAUGGCUUUGCAUACAUAUGUGGCUGUUUGUCCCUGUCUCUUUUCUUCAACUCAGAUGUGGAUGUUUUCAUGAGGAUGGCAGCAUUCUUGUAUAGUACUCGUAUUUCUGUUUGAUGAUACACUUUGGUCUCCCUUUUUGAAAUUUGCUCUCAAUGCAAUACUUUGUAAAUGAGGGAACAUUACUGAAAGCAGUAUUAUGAAAUGGGGACUGUGCAUAUAAUUAUUUGUAACCCCAUUGGGAA